GAAUGAUUUACCGUAGUAGGAUAAUUUUUGUUAUUGCAAAGCAAUUUUUUCAUGUUAGACGCAGUGAGUGGAAAUGUCCCCUAAGCGCGCACCCAUGCUACCCGGGGAUCCAGUGAAAGCCAACAUAUACAAAUUGUCAGUGGCGAGUCAGAAUCCGCUACUCACCACACCCGAGCGAGAGUCGUGCGCACGACCUGUCAACGAAUUAUGAGAGUGGAGCGUAUAUUCGAUGAGUUUGGACACUUCAAAAGGUUCCAGGCAUGUCUGUACUUUGCUGCUGUCUUCCAGGCCAUAGCCUGCGGAAUCCACUACCUGGCCUCUGUGUUCCUCGUGGAGAGGCCAAGCUUCGUCUGCGCUCCGCCCGGUAACAUCACUGACGUCCUGUAUGGGAACCACACUGGUGCCUCUCUAGAGGAGGUGCUACCAUUCUUCAAACCGGCGAACGGGCCCUUGGUGGUGCGAACGGCGGAAGGCAAACAGUGGGAGCUUAGCACCUGCCAGUGCACUCAGCGGAUUAACCCCACAGACUUUACCUACGAGCAGGUCGUCAACAGCACGACGGAAAAGUGUGACGGGAACUACCAUUACGUGUAUGACCACAGUGAGGUGUAUCAGAGCAUCGUGACGGACUGGGACCUGGUGUGUGACAGGGAAUGGCUGGCCAAGCUGUGUCAGCCCACCUUUAUGAUGGGGGUGCUGGUCGGAGCACUGGUGUUCGGGGACAUCGCUGAUAGGGUUGGCAGACGGAGGGUCCUGAUGAUCACCAGCCUCUGCCAGUUUGUGUUUGGUGUAAGCGUGGCAUUCACGGGAAACUACUACCUAUUUAUGGUCAUCCGCUUCCUGCUCGCCAUGGUGUCCAGCGGCUACCUUGUGGUGGUGUUUGUGUACGUGACCGAGUUCACCGGCAACAAGGUGCGCACGUGGACGUCCAUGCACGUGCACGCCGCCUUCGCCGCAGGCGUCAUGAUGGUGGCGAUCACGGGCUACCUAGUGCGCACCUGGUGGAUCUACCAGAUCAUCCUCUCCACCUGCACCUCGCCCUUCCUCUUCUUCUGCUGGAAGUUUCCCGAGACACCCUUCUACCUGAUGGCUAAGGGGAGGCUCCAGGAGACCCAGGUCCUGCUGGAUUCCAUAGCCCGCUUCAACGGCCUGGAGCCUGGCCGCCUGAGGGCUGAGGACCUCCUGGAGCCCCAGGAGGUUCUGCUGGAGAAGGAGGUGGCACCGGGGAGAGCCCAGCCAGCGGAGCCCGAGAGAAAGCUGAGCAUCCUGGACCUGUUUGGGACAUGGAGGAUGGCCUGGAGGACAGUGACAGUGUGGGCAGUGUGGUUCAUUGGCAGCCUGGGCUACUACGUCUUCUCCCUGGGCUCCGUCAACCUGGGGGGCAACCAGUACAUCAACCUCUUCCUGGCUGGUGCGGUGGAGUUCCCCUCAUACUUGAUUGGCUGUUAUGCGAUGGACAGGGUGGGCAGGAAGAGGACAUGUGCCCCAGCUCUGCUGCUGGCUGGAAUGGCCUGCAUGCUCAUCAUCGUAGUGCCAAAUGACAUUGAGGUGUUAGCCAUCCUCCUCAGUAUGACAGGGAAGUUUGCCAUUUCCAUAGCCUUUGGCCUCAUCUACCUCUACACCUGUGAGCUCUACCCAACUAUCAUCAGGUCCCUAGCGGUGGGCAGUGGCAGUAUGAUGUGUCGUGUGGGCAGUGUGGUGGCUCCUUUCUGUGUCUACCUGGCUGACAUCUGGCAAUACCUACCACAGCUGAUUGUGGGGCUCCUGGCAUUUAUAAUAGGUGUUCUGACCCUGUUGUUACCGGAGACCCUGGAUGAGCCCUUGCCCAGCACCAUGGAGGAGGCUGAGGCUCUAGGCAGGAAGAAGAGCCCUGAUCAGGGCAAGAAAGACCCUGAGGAGGGGGUGGAGAUGAACUAGAACCAGAGCAUGCCCUGAGGGAUACACCUCACCACCAACCAGAGAAAAGGAGAGAGAAGGAGGUGGCCAGGGAGAGAGAGGGGGUAGGAAGUGGAGGAGAGAGAGAGGAGGAGAGAAACUACGCCAAGAAACCAACAAAACAAACAACCGCAAAAACCGUAAAGGAAAUCACACCCCAAACAAUCACCCACAUGCUCUUAAGGAAAUUGUGAAUGUCAUGGAUACAUUAGAA